AUGUCUAUCCUGGCCGGUUUGCCAGACGACAUCAUCCUCGAAAUCAUUGACCAUGUUCACUCGAGAACGCUAUGCGACUCUAUACUCCUGAACAACUGGCCGGUCGUCGCGUCCCGCGUAUGCAGGCGGUGGAGGGCACUCCUGCUGGGGCACACUCGAUACUGGUCCGACGUUCGCAUACGUCUGUGGAUACCCAUAGACCUCAACAAGGCGCAGGUCUAUCUCGCCCGUUCCGGCGAAUGCCCUUUAGACGUUAGGUUGUAUAGCGGCACCACAGGCGCAGUCGACGUGCGGCAGGUGCAUCAUGCGAUGUAUCUGCUCAUCCCGCAACUCUUCCGGUGGCGCAGAUUCGUCGCCGUCGUCGACGGUGCGGAAUUGGCGGAACGCAUCAUCACGGUUCUACGGGAGAGGAGGGCGGAGUGGUUGGAAACGUUCGAAAUACACAACUCGGGCAUAGACGAUGGGCCUUCCCUCUGUUCCGAUAGGCUGGUCUUGGCGCUCUCCGGAGGAGUGCCGGCCCUCAAAUGCCAUCGCCUCGGAAGCCUGGGCUUGACCUGGACGUCGGCGUCAGGGCCUAUCCCACUCUUACAAGGCCUUACAACUCUGGAGUUGUACUCUGAUGGGUGCGAUGAAAUGCCGACACAGACGUUCAAGGACCUCCUCGCAGCGUCACCUCGUCUGGAACACCUUGUUCUACACGGUUACAUGAUUGUGCGCGCCCCUGGCGAGCCUGAACGAGUUGAGGCAUGCCAUCUAUCGGAAAUGAGACGUCUGGUCAUCGGAUGGCUCCCAGAUCACGACGAGAUAGAUUCCUACCGACGCCCUUGGUUGUUGAUAAAGUGGACGAAGUUACAGGAAUUGAAGGUUGUGGGCGACAUUCUCGAUUUCCUGGGCAAUCUGUCAGAAGAAAUUGUCGACUAUUCUCCUAUUACGACCUUGAUCCUCCAGGAGACCGUCGCAUGGCAUCACCUCCCACGAUAUCCGUCUCUCCUCACGGUUCUUGCAACAUUUCGCGGCCUGCGACAUAUGUGCGCGGUGACGAGCAGCAAACGGUCCCGGAGAUUCCUCAGGCAUUUCCUUGCUCCCGAAGUCGACCCAUCACGGAAUCGACGCAUGGCAGUUCAGAGCCUCACGAUCCCCGUAUCUGAGGCACAUCUUCUCAGAAAGCUCUUCGGUUUUCUCGCGAUAGAGCAUCUUCGCCUGCUGGCCGAUCCUCGUUACGAUUUUUCGGCAGACGCAGCGACGCUCGAUUAUCUUGCGGCCCAUGUCUGCCGUGUGGAGCGAAAGAUGGUCGGUGACUCGGAGGGUAGCGGGGUGCCGGAUGAAGAGGGAGUUCAAUAUCUGCCGUCAUGA